AUGACUUACGACUUCAACAACGGCGGGGGUGAUGCCUAUCUCGACUUGACCAACUUCGAUAAUCGAAAUCGCGCUGCUUACCAAACUUACUCGACGGCUACUACCCAUUCGAGUCCUUCAGCUGCUUCAAACAUCAUGUCCCAGGACGCCCGACACUGGGCUGUUCCCCUCGAUAUGUCUUCAAACCACUCUCACGGAUAUGCCUCGAUGAGCCCUGAGGAGCAUCAGAUCUCUUCUCCUCCGUCGCAAUCAUCCAGCCCCCAUAGCCAGCACUCGCCACUACAACAAUCGCCUUUCCAGCAGAGUGUGAACCCCUUGACGGAUUGGGCCCUUCAACAGCAGCAGCAACAGCAACAGCAGCAGCAGCACCUCGCUGCUGCUGACAUGACACAGUUCAUUCACGAUGCUGCGCUCAUGAGCUUCAAUGCUUUCCCCAACAACUUCCAGCCGACGAAUCCCCUUGAUUACCUUCCCGCGACCACACAAGCCGCUCUUCAGGCCAACCUCCUCGAAUCGACGUUCCACGGCUUGUCCACCAUGGAUGACCACACACAGGCAGUUUGGCCCAGCACCGGGAUGGAGAAUUGGCAGGAUUUCCAGAAUACUUUGCAGAUGGAUGGACUGCCUCGUCUUGAUAGCGUCGGUAGUCACUCGCCAACCGGCACUUACCUCGAGGUUCUGUCUCUUCCUUCAUCAUCGGGCGAGGGAUGGGCUAUGGUAGAUUGGAACCAGCCCAACUUUGAUCAGUUCCAACAGGCUCACGCUCAGGGUGCUGCCAUCUUUAACCCUUCCCAGACCCUUCACUUGAGAACCAAUUCCGACUCGUCCGACGGCGCCAAUUCUAUGGAGUUUGGAAGCUUCGAGGAGAUCCCUCCUUUCCCUUACUCCCCCUUCUCUCCCGAGUCUGAUGGUUAUGUCGAUGCUGGUCACCACCGCAACUGCUUCACCAACGACGGCCACAACCACGCCCAUGCCCAUACCCACAACCACAGCCCUCAGCCCGUCGCCGCCACCACUGUUGCCACUGUUCCCGUCAAGUCCGAACCCUCUUCGAGCCGUCACAGCCCCGGAAGUGGCGCCGGAUCCGUAUCCCCCUCUUCCAGCAGCACAAACCGCAGGAACUCUGGUCCCCGCAAGAGCCCUAUUGCUAAGAGCACCACUAAGAGUGUUGUUCGCCGUAUUUCUAAUGGCAAGAAGGAUGGUACCGUUGAGAAGAAGGUUGGUCGCAGAAAGGGACCUCUCCUGCCCGAGCAGAGGAAGCAGGCCAGCGAGAUCAGAAAACUCCGAGCUUGCUUGCGAUGCAAGUUCCUCAAGAAGACUUGUGACAAGGGAGAGCCCUGCGCUGGUUGCCAGCCUUCCCAUGCUCGUCUCUGGCAGGUUCCCUGCACUCGUAUCGACAUUAAGGAUAUUGGUUAUUUCAUGAAGGACUGGAAGGCCGACUACGAGCGACACAUGGACCGUGGUGUCUCGGUCUACAAUGUCAAGGGAUUCGCCCAGAAGGAGACUCUCAUGUGGAUCACCCACGGCUACGGUUUCGCUCUGCCCGUCAUGGUUCGCGAGGUCUUUGUCGCUGACGACAGCUGCUUCUCCGUUGACUGGGUUGAGUCUACUCUCACUGACCAGGAGCCCAUUGAUUUCGAGACUCGCACUGAGAAACUCGAUGUUGGCGCUGAGGGUAUCCGCCUUGACGCUCUGUCUGAGUAUCUUGACAAGCACAUUGACGGACCUUUCGAGGACUUCAUUGACGACCAUUUCGAGGGAACUCCCUUCAUCACUGAAAUUCUCAAGACUGCCCACCGCUUCUACGUCAAGGAGAAGAUGCCCGUUAUCCGCAAGUCGCUCAAGCUUGUCCUUGCUUACAACCUCACCAUGCACAUCACUAUGGUCGAGAACCAAGGAUCCGAGGUUGACCUUGACGGUCAGAUCGAUGACGAGGACUCCAAGUACUACGGUCGCACUGUCGCCCCUGUCAUGAUUAACUUCCAGAUCAAGUGUGCUCUUGCCGACAUGUGGCGUGAGCUGCAGAAGGAUAUCCUUGAGGAGCUUUCAGCUCUGUACUCUGGUGUCUACAGUGGUGAGAAGAUGAAGAACUGGCCUACCAUCUUCAUGAUUGCCUCUAUUCUCCUUGCUGUCUGGGAGGAGAUGCAGUUCGACUGCCACUACAGAGUCCCCGACCCUGUUGCCGUCAACAAGUUCUGCACUGAUAUGGAGACAACACCUGUUGGUGUCAUUGUGGGUCUCUUCCACGCCAUCUCUCAGAAGCUUCCCGCCUUCACCGACUGGGACACCCGCAAGCACGGUCACCUCCUUCACAACAACACCUCGGUCUGCGAGGCCAUGACUGAAGUGCGACAGCAUGUUAUCAAGCAUGAGGCAUAUCUUCGUACCCGCAAGGAGUCCAAGUUCGACCGCUAUGACUUCGACUCUCUGUCCAACAAGUUCCUCUCCAAGCUUGUCAUUCGGGCCAACUAA